AUGCCCGUCCGGACAGUCAGUGCUCCUGAUACCAGCAUCAGGGACAAGGACAUUACCUCCAACAGCCUGUACACGGACGAAGUGCGUCCCACUGGCAGCGCUGGCGCUGCUUCUGCAGAGGCGCUCACGUCCAUCCCGAAUACAGGCCACGCACGAAUACCCGGCACUGGCAGUGGCGGCACGGUCUAUGCUGGCUCGAAUCUGGCUGAAUCUGCCGACCGCGGAAGCGAACCAAGUGACCGUGUGCUCACCAAGGACGAGGCAGACCGUCUGUAUGAAGAGAACAUCGAGGACGAAGGUCUCUACAUUACUACAGCCGUCAUUACAGUUAUGCUGUGA